CCACAUCUUCGUUGCGAGGUUGUACGAAGAUAUAUUCUCUGCGGGAAUCCAUAUUGGCAAUCCCUCUUAUUAAUGUCCCUCAAUCUGACUGAUUCGGAGAUUCUUUGCUCCGCUGAUAGGGACAGCAUACCGCUAGUGAUAUCGGGCAAAGUCCACCAUGCUAAUCACUCUCGACCUGCUCCUUCUGGCCUAAAUACCCAGACCGCAUCAUCCGUCAUCCAUCGUCAAGAAUGGAGACCAGGUCAAAUAUCGCAGGCCGAACCAGGAACUGCUGUGCGAUGUGCACUGCAGUCUGCACGCCCUUGCUUAAUUAAGGCACCACGGUUGAUCCGACCUUGCCUGGGGCCUGUCAAUCUGCUCCUUGCUGCUGGGAGAGCUUUUGCCCCGCAAAUGGUUUUUAUAAACAGUAGCUAUCCCGUCAUGUUUUCUUUCCUACCUCUCUCCCUCCACUUUUCGCGACCAUGUUUUCCUCGUCGAGUAUUACUUUGCUCCUUGCUGCAGCUUCCGCUGUGUUCGCGCAGUUCGUGCCAGCGCCCACUGAUCUCAUCAAUGCCACUGGGUACAUGAACAUCCCAGUGCGUUACAAGGAAGUGCCUACUGGAAUCUGCGAGCUCGACCCGAAUGUGAAGAGUUAUUCUGGGUAUGUGGAUGUUUCGGAGAACGAGCACAUAUUUUUCUGGUUCUUCGAAUCCAGAGAUGUUGAUCCUUCGGAGGCUCCUUUGACAGUGUGGAUCAAUGGAGGACCGGGAUCUUCAUCUAUGAUUGGACUAUUCCAAGAGCUAGGACCUUGUGGAGUAGAUUACGAUGGCAAUGUUUACUCAAACCCAUAUUCUUGGUCGAACGUCUCGAACAUGAUUUUCAUAGACCAGCCAACACAGGUCGGAUUUUCAUACUCAAUUCCAGUCAACGGCUACGUUGAUGCGUCGUCACAAGCCAUCAUCACACUACCAGAUGCGACCUGCCCUGAUUAUGCUAUUGACUCUGAAAGCUGCGGCACUUACAGCUAUCCCAACCUUACUCUCACCGCAAACACUACAGCCGAUGCAGCUCCAAACUUCUACAAAACUUUGCAAGGAUUCAUGGGUGCUUUCAAGCAGUACUCUCGACACAGUUUUCACUUUGCAACUGAAAGUUAUGGAGGGCACUACGGCCCCAUUUUCAAUGAGUAUAUCGAGGAGCAAAACGCGAAGAACAUCUCUGGGGCCCACAAGAUUUCGUUGAAGACUGUAAUGAUAGGAAACGGGUGGUACAAUCCGUUGAUUCAGUACCAGGCAUACUACAACUUCACCGUAUUCCCUGGAAAUACGUAUGACUACUCUCCUUAUAAUGCUAGCGUCCAAGCUCAAUUAUACAACAACCUUUACGGUGCUGGAAACUGCGUCGACCAGAUCAAUGACUGUGCAUCCCGAGGCAUCGAUGAGAUUUGUGCUGCUGCUGACGCCUUCUGUGCCAAUCUCGUGGAAUCUAUUUACGACAUAUAUCUGCAACGAGAUGAGUACGACGUGCGAGAAUUAAACACCGAUCCUUUCCCAUAUGGGUUUUUCGUAGAGUACCUGAACACCCCAGAGGUCCAAGCAGCUGUUGGUGCAUUUCAGAACUAUACCGAGUCCUCGGAGUCGGUCUACACCGCCUUCACCGCAACUGGAGACGACAACAGAGAAGAUGGAACAAUUGAGGCAGUAGGGAAGUUGCUCAAGCAGGGCCUUACAGUUAUGUUGUAUGCAGGCGAUGCAGAUUACAAUUGCAAUUGGCUAGGAGGUCAAGUAGUAGCCCAUGAAAUUGACGCACCAGGGUUCGACUGCGCAGGCUAUGUCAAUUUAACCACGUCCGACGAUAUCGUUCACGGCCAGGUAAAACAAGCCGGGAAAUUCUCGUUCGUCCGAAUCUAUGAAUCUGGCCAUGAGGUCCCGUUUUACCAGCCAGUUGCUGCACUUGAGAUCUUCGAGCGCGCGAUCAACGGCAAGGAUAUCGCGACUGGCAUGGUCAAGCCAGACGCUUCAUAUCUUACUGAAGGAACUGCUGAGAGCACAUACAGGGAAGGCAACGCUACCAUUGUGAUUGUGGACCUACCCGCCAAUGCAACAUACAACACUACCUUGAAUGGACCCAAUCCGACCAAGCGAGACUUGCAAGACAUGUCCGAAGUGAAGAGAGGAUCUGGCCUCUUGAGACUUGGAAAAAGGUUCAAGCCUGGUGGAAAGUAGAAGAAGAUGGAUAUGGUAUUAUGAUUCAUGAUGCACAAAAUAGCUCUUCAGAUAGAAUCAGAUAAUAUAAAUGAUAAUGGUCUUGAAUUGCCU